ACAAAGGCAAAUAAAAACUCGUGUUAUCACCUUGAUUCGAGAUCAUAAACCGACAAUUUUGGUGAGAACCCUUAAGAGCUGAUAAAAAAAGAAUGUUCUUCUUCUUCGUUGGUGGGUUAGGGCAACAAGUGAGACAGGUACUUAAAUCCAGCGCCGGAACAUGCAUAAGAUGCGGCUCUGAAGCUGAUUUGGUCGAUUACGACAAAGUCUUGAAACUCUUCUUCGUUCCUGUCUGGAGAUGGCCUGGCAAAGAUCCUCUACUUCAUUGUAAAGACUGCGAUCUGUUCUUCCCUCAGUCACUGUCUUCACCGCCACCAGUUUCUUCUCUAGCUAUGUGCCGCUUCUGUGAUCGUGUCGUGGAGCCUGAUUUCCGUUUCUGCCCCUUUUGUGGCUCUGCCCUGUAACUUUGUUCUGUUCUAAAUACUUGUACUUACCUUUUAUCUCUCAAGAUGUCUUAGUAACUUUACAUGCAUGUUUAAUUUACUAAGUCUAUGAGAGUUGUGUUUUGUUCUUUAAAAUCAUAACCAUACAUGAUACAUGUAAUGUAACUUUUUGUCUUUCGUAUAUACAAAU